AUGAGGGACCUAUAUCAGCCACCCCUGAUAUAACCCUUAGAUGACACAUAGCAGCUAAAAUGUACCAGCAGCCCUACUACACACCUUACCUAUCCAGACAUUGACAGAAACGGGACAGAUGAAAGGAGAAAUGGAGAGCUCGUAAGACACAGGGGGAGGAGAGAAAGAAAUGAAGGAAUGCGAUAGACGGUGAACCCUGAGACUGGCGCUGCGAGCACUACGCAGCUCAGCCUGAAGACUUGACGAUGCUCCUGGCCCUGACACUGCUGCUCCUGCUGACUCUGCACCCUGAACCCAGCACUGCGGGCAGGGCCCAGCGGAGACAAAGACUGGCAGAGGAGACUCUGAGGCCAUACGUGGAGCGUGUAGAUCCAGGGGAGCUGUGUAAGCUGCUGCGAUGCCGCACCCCAGUCGGCUCCUGGUGCCAGGUGGUGCAGGAGGAUGGGAUCCGGGUCCCCAAGUGUGUGUGUCCCCAGAGCUGCCCACGGCAGGGAGCACCAGCAUGCAGUGUCCUGGGGAAGACCUAUGGGAAUCAGUGUCUUCUGCACAAGGAGGCUUGUCGCAAGAGGCGUCACAUUGGCCUGGCUCACCUGGGGCCAUGCAUAGUUACGCAGUCCGUGUGCACAGAAGAGGAGUAUGAGCAGUUCCCCUAUCGACUGCUGGACUGGUUCCUGCUGCUGAGCACCAUGGGAGAAUCGAAUGGAACCAGCGCCAUGAUGCAGAGCUGUCUGAGCCACACACAUCGCCAGAAACUGGCAGAGCGGCGAUUUGGACUGCUGGAUCGGAACCAUGAUGGAAAGCUGAGCAGGCGGGACCUGAAGAAACUUUGUUACAAACAGAUGCCCUUGGAACACUGCGCAUCACGAUUUUUCUUGUCUUGUGACAAUGAUGGGAACAAGAAAGUGACCCUGCAGGAGUGGACAGGCUGCCUGGUGGAUCGCUCUGAAGCCUGGUUCCAGGAGUUCAUGUCUAUGAAGAUGGGUUCCAGUCAACUGUGUCGUGUGGAGGACAAUAACCACUGAAGCACCAAGUUAAUAAACUGAUCAGGAGUCUCAGAGAGAAGGAAACACUCUCCCCUUCUCAUGUCCUUUUGUAUGCCUCCUGUCUGCAGUAUUCUGAAUCACAGUAUUGUGAGCUUGCACCUUACAAGGAGCCACCUGGUGGGAAUAUAAGGUAUAGCAUGACACAUUGUUUUGCAAUUUGUGUUUUAUUUUUUAUCUGUAAAGUUCAGUCCAUGCCUUGUGAUUCCGACUUGGAAAUAAGGCCCUUUCACCCACAUGGACCUGUGAGAGUGGAAGAACAGUAUUUAGAAGCAUAAAAUCAGAGCAGCACUUGCUGCUUCUGGAGGGCAACAGUCCUGUAGGUAUCCUUAAAUCACGACCUUCAGACCUGGAAACAACAUUACAUUUGCUUUUGCAAAAAAACAGGCUUCCAUUUAUCAAACAAGACUUCAGGUGCAAUGAAACCUUCAGAUUUCUCGCUACUGAACUGGACUGAGCAUGAAUCCAGGCAGAGGCCAAGUGGUACAAACUGAGACAAUAUUAUCAGGGUAACUGCUCACAAAAGUUCAGAGGUGGACUGGUAGUAUACUAUGCUGCAGAGCAGGAUCAGGAAAUGGAUAAAGUACCGUAUCCUGUGAGUUUAGCCUACAAAGUCUUUGUUCCUAUCUUUUUUCAUUUUUGAGUAAUUUCAUUAUGCUUGGCAGUCAUGAUUUUGAAUUUUAACUGCCUUAUGUUUCUCUUGCAUGUCUUUCAUAAUAAAGUGCA